AUGUUGGCUCUCCAGAACAUGAAAGUUGGCCUUUUCCUUUUGUGGUGGCCAUGGGCUUUGGCUACUGAAAGCAGAGUGCACUGGAGAAAAAGAGACGUACCGGAGAUGUCGAAGAAAGGCAGCCCAAUUCUUAAACGCAGCCCUGAUAUUACCAAAUCGCCACUGACAAAGUCAGAACAGCUCCUGAGGAUAGAUGACCACGAUUUCAGCAUGAGGCCUGGCUUUGGAGGCCCGGCCAUUCCUGUUGGCGUGGACGUGCAGGUGGAGAGUUUGGACAGCAUCUCAGAGGUCGACAUGGACUUCACGAUGACCCUCUACCUGCGGCACUACUGGAAGGACGAGCGGCUGUCCUUCCCGAGCACCAAAAACCUCAGCAUGACGUUUGACGGCCGGCUGGUGAAGAAGAUCUGGGUCCCUGACAUGUUUUUCGUGCACUCCAAGCGCUCCUUCAUCCACGACACCACCACGGACAACGUGAUGCUGAGGGUCCAGCCCGACGGCAAAGUGCUCUACAGCCUCAGGGUCACGGUGACCGCCAUGUGCAACAUGGACUUCAGCCGGUUUCCCCUGGACACGCAAACGUGCUCGCUCGAAAUUGAGAGCUAUGCCUACACGGAAGACGACCUCAUGCUGUACUGGAAGAAAGGCAAUGACUCUUUAAAGACAGAUGAGCGGAUCUCACUCUCCCAGUUCCUCAUCCAGGAGUUCCACACCACCACCAAACUGGCCUUCUACAGCAGCACAGGCUGGUACAACCGUCUCUACAUUAACUUCACGUUGCGUCGCCACAUCUUCUUCUUCUUGCUGCAAACCUACUUUCCCGCCACCCUGAUGGUCAUGCUGUCCUGGGUGUCCUUCUGGAUCGACCGCAGAGCUGUGCCCGCCAGAGUCCCUUUAGGGAUCACCACGGUGCUGACCAUGUCCACCAUCAUCACGGGUGUGAACGCCUCCAUGCCCCGCGUGUCCUACAUCAAGGCCGUGGACAUCUACCUCUGGGUCAGCUUCGUGUUCGUGUUCCUCUCGGUGCUGGAGUACGCGGCCGUCAACUACCUGACCACCGUGCAGGAGCGGAAGCCGCAGGAGAAGCUUCCCUGCACCUGCGGGUUGCCUCAGCCACGCGCGGUCCUGCUGGACGGCAGCUACAGUGACGGGGAGGUGAACGACCUGGGCAACUACACGACCGACAACGGAGACAAGCCAGACAGGAUGAUGGUGCAGCUGACGCUGGCCUCGGAGAGGAGCUCCCCGCAGAGGAAAAGCCAGAGGAGCAGCUACGUGAGCAUGAAGAUUGACACUCAUGCCAUUGAUAAAUACUCCAGAAUCAUUUUUCCAGCUGCAUACAUCUUAUUCAAUUUAAUAUACUGGUCGAUUUUCUCAUAAAUGCCUGUAAUUCUAUAAAUUUCACAUUCUUCUAUAUAUACUACAGAAAUACCUGAAUGAUGAAAAAUAAUUUAAGGUUAUGAUGAAAAGAAAGUUCACAGUACCCACCCUUCUCCAUCUUUCCAAAACUGCACUGACAAGACACUUACUGGUUUAAUUUGCACUUACCACCUAUUGUGUACACAGCAUUAUACUCAGUGCUGCAGGUAUAGACACCCAUAGCAACUGAUGAUAGUUGUUACUGAGAUCCCCUAGAAAAGCAUGCUGCCAGUGAGGUGGGCACACUGUGGUUCAACCUCUUUUAGACCCUACAUGCUUAUUCAUAUGAACCAUGUCCCUUACGUGAGUGUCAUUCUAUUCUCUGGACCAAGUGGAACUGGGAAGCACCUGAAGUUCAUUUACAUGGAACAUACAUGCACCUAAACCCCACUUUGAUCAAAAUUCAUA